AUGAUACCCCGAUCAACCCUCCCACGACACCUCUCCCGGUCCAUUAUCAGCCCAAUUAGUACCCGCCGCAUCCUCUCGACCACAUCUGCAGCGCAGAAUGCCCGCGCCCCGACAACCAGCUCCGCGGACCCACCGGCAAGACCUCACACGGUCGAUCCACGAUGGCUUACAAUGAUGAAGCGGCGCAUAGGACGGUGCCUGAUGUUUGGACUGAAACCCGCGCGAGUCUACGAAGCGGGCUCGGUUUUGCAGCAGCUAGCGAGGAAUUGGCGCGAGUUAAUUGCCGGGAGCGAGGGGUUCUUGACCGAUGAGAAGCGGUGCAGGCACGUGAAUAAUGUCACUUACGUUCGAUACGCCGAGUCCGCACGCGUGAAUUGGACUCGCAAUAUCGGCAUCCACAUCGACCCAGCGCACAAGAAGGAAUGGGCGAAUCUGCUCAAUUCUACGGGCAUCGGACUGAUUCUCCGAAGCAUCAAAGUUGACUAUAAAUUUCCCAUGACUUCCCCGGAUAAAAUCACCGUCUACCAGAAACUAGUCAAGGACCCUUCCUCAUCGCUGUCAUCGGAGUCCGCAUUCCAGCUACAGGUCAUGAUCCUGUCCGAGGCCCGUCAGCGCCCUGCGGCGCGCUGCCACGAAGAUAUCGUGACCUAUGACUAUCAGAAGAACCGCAAGACGCCGGAGCUGCCGCCGUUUAUUUUGGAUCAGUUUGUGAAGAUGUGGGAGCUGCAGGAGAAGGCUAAGGCAGAGUGGCAACAACGGAUUCUGGAGAUUGAGAGUCGCGUUAGGACUCUGGAGGUUGAGAGCUGGGAUCGCGCAGAUGCCGUGGAGGAUACGGGAUCUGCGUCGUGA